AUGGAUCAAUAUCAACAACAGUUCGGUCUUCCAGCAGGAGGACACGCUGAAGCACCUAAAAAACCACAUUUAUACGUUGGAAACCUAUCGCCUAGAGUAACAGAUCAUAUCUUAACUGAGAUUUUCGCCGUGGCCGGACCCGUUAUUCAAGCUAAAAUAAUUCAAGAUCGAAAUUUUCAACAUGGUGGAAUGAAUUAUGGUUUCGUCGAAUAUGCAGAUAUGCGUUCUGCUGAACAAGCUUUACAAACUUUAAACGGUAGAAAAAUAUUUGAUGCUGAAGUAAGAGUCAAUUGGGCACAUCAAGGUAAUCAAAGUAAAGAAGAUACUCAACAUCAUUAUCAUGUUUUCGUUGGUGAUUUAUCCCCUGAAGUGAACGAUGAUGUUCUAGGUAAAGCUUUCGGCGCUUUUGGUAGUAUGUCAGAAGCUAGAGUUAUGUGGGACAUGAAUUCUGGUAAAUCCAGAGGUUAUGGCUUUUUAUCAUUCAGAGAAAAGCCAGAUGCUGAACAAGCCAUCGCUACCAUGAAUGGAGAAUGGCUUGGAUCAAGAGCCAUUCGAGUCAAUUGGGCUAACCAAAAGACUCAAACCGGAACUGCAACAUCCAGAGGACCAGGUGGCUAUCCUGGUAUCGGCGGUGGUGGUAUGGGUGGUGGAAUGGGUGGUGGAUCACCCGCACCUGGAAAUUUCAGUUCAUCAGGUUUAGGAUUUGAUUCAGUCGCUCAGCAAACUCCAGAAUACAACACGACAGUCUACGUUGGAAAUCUGAUCCCUUAUACCACUCAAGCAGAUUUGAUACCAUUAUUCCAAGGUUAUGGUUAUAUUGUCGAAAUCAGAAUGCAAGCUGAUAGAGGAUUCGCUUUUGUCAAAUUGGACACUCAUCAAAAUGCCGCUUUGGCAAUUACUCAAUUGCAAAACCAAUUAGUUCACGGUAGACCAAUCAAAUGUUCUUGGGGUAAAGAUAAAGGUUCAGAAGGUGGUCCAGGUGCUGCUGCACCUCAAGCCCCUGCGUACCCUAUGCAACACCAACAAAUGGGCUACCCAAACCAAUACAACUACUACGGUGGAUACAACUAUGGUCAAACAGGUGUACCCGGUCAGCCCGGUCAACCCGGUGGUCAUGCUCAAGUAGCUCAACCUGCACCUGGACAAGAUGGAACACAACAAGCCGCCGCAGCUCAAGGACAAUGGGAUCCUGCCGCUGCUGCUGCAUACUACCAAGCAGGUGGAUGGGGGAAUUACUAUAGUCAAGAUGGUCAAUCUCAAAACCAAACUCAAGCUCAUUAG